GAGGAUUCAUUCGUUUUAGAUUGAAAGUUUAAGAGCCCCUCUCUUUCAGCCGCUUUUUUCGCGCUUUUUCACCAUGACGCACAUCUCUCCUUUUCUCACUCUCAUUUUAACUUUGUCCCUCCUGAGCUGCACGGCUGCAGAAGCGUCUAUCCUCUGCACCUGGACCAAAGUGUUGUCUAAUAAAGAGGUGCAUUACGUCUUUCUCCACGGUGAUGCCUCUCCAUCUCUGCGGCUCUACCACAGCGCCUGGUCCGAGCAGCGCGCACUGCUCAGCUGCACUUGGAGCGACGACGCAGCAGUGAUCCAAAACUAUUUCUCUCUAUGCCGUGAGCGCAGGGACGAGUUCUCAGAUCAUCCAGAUAAAAGUACCGAUUUGGACUCCAUGUUGAAUGCAGAGGGGCUGUGCGUCUCCUUGGCUUCUCCAGGAGAUGGAGGACAGGAGGUGCGAGCCGGAAAGAGGCUGGUGAGGAGCGUCAGUGGACACUCGGCAGAUGAGAAUCAUCAAGGUCAAGCUGAAAGGUCAGAGGUCAGGGCUCACCAGCGUGUAAAGCGUGGCUUUAUUGUGCCAGGGACUCUGUGGUGCGGCUCUGGCAACAAGGCGCCAUCAUAUGCAGAUUUGGGAGUGUUUUCAGAUACUGACAGCUGUUGUCGUGAACAUGACCAGUGCAAACUCACCAUCCUGUCCUUUCAAUCCCAGUUUGGGAUCUUCAACAGCAACAUCUUCACCAUGUCUCACUGUGACUGCGACAAAAAGUUUCACAGUUGUCUGAUUAAUGGGAACGACAGAAUAUCUGAUGUGGUGGGGUACACUUUCUUUAACCUGCUGAAGAUGCACUGCUUUGAGUUAUCACACAGACUCCAGUGUGCUCAGAGAAACUGGUUUGGAAUGUGCAAAGAGACUGCAAUGGCUCUCUAUGCUGAGGUGCAUCCACCCUCCGUGUACGAGUCUACCAAUACAACAGAGGUGAACAACACAGACUUCCCCAUGUACACCACCUCACCCACAGAGCUGCUGGGGAGCAGCAUUUCAGACUCCAUCGCUGCUGCUGUUUCCACAGUCCCUACGCCUUUAACAAGUUCCCCCUCCACCUCCAUCACACCCGUGACCAACGUUACCUCAUCCACAUCAGAGGGAACACCUGAGAGGAUCGAAGAUCUGAAGAACACUUUACUGACCAAACAACAAACUCCAUCUGAGCUGGACAUCACAGAGAAGCAGCUGUCCUGUGCCGUCUACAACGAUCUUGAUGAGUGCAGGAAUAAGAUCCAUCCGCAGCAGGAAAGAUACGGCCUCCACAACACAGAGGCCAGGACAAUGUACCACUGCAACUGUACCACCAGAUUAUUCCAGACUUUGGCUAAACAGAGACAACUGACCGAAGUGCAGGCUCUUCUGCUGGGACAUGUGUCUCAAUCCUGCUUCCUGCUACAGGACUGCACUGCAGGCAAACUCUGUGGAGCAGUUCUGGUGAAAGCAGAGCUUCCUGAGAGGAGUAGAGCAGAAAUGGAGGUGCAGCACCACCUACAGGCUGUCAGGCCGAAGGUGAGGAGGCCCAACGUGAGGAGAACGUGGAGGAAGGACAAAGCAGGCAGGCUUCACAAACUGUGUCUGAGGAUGGUCCGGCCCAAACUCAACAGGAACAAGACCCGAAAACUAGGUCAUCAGCCAGCUGUAAGAGGAAGAGAGCUUGCCUGAGAGUAAAAAGUAUGGAGAGUCAAAGUGUUCCGAAAUACUGAAAUACAUAAGAUGUUAUUUAAGGUCAUUUUCAUUUUAUUCCAGCACUUAAUUUAAUGUUAAGUCUUCUUUCUUCCAAGGUUCCUUUAUCCUUCGUUCCAGAUGACAGUUUUGGCCUGAAAGACCAGACAUUUUUUUUCCACUUAAUUUAAGUUAGUUUAUGAAUCAUUCAACAUCAUUCCAAGGGAUAAUAAUUAAAGGUGGGGUAGGUCCUUUUGGAGAAACCAGCUCGAGUGCGCUAGAAUUUGAAAAUACACAGCUGGAA